AUGGAUCUAUAUGACUUUUCCUUCCCUCUUUCUUCUGCCAAUGAGCUCUACGAUGACGCUUGCCUCAACACCAGGGACAUGAACAUUUUUGAUGACCUGGAAGGUAAACCAAUUCAUGCUGAGCCUGCCAAGUCACAGAACAAUCCCAACGACCAUGACCACCAUCAAGUCCCAGUGGCAAAAGAAGAAGACAAGCAUGUGAGGGCUCCACGGGACUUCCAGCAAGGAGGGAACUGUCUGCUAUGGGCCUGCAAAGCAUGCAAGAAGAAGACAACACAUGAAGACAGGAGGAAGGUGGCAACAAUGAGGGAGAGGCGACGUCUUAGCAAGGUCAAUGACGCCUUUGAGACCCUAAAGCGGUGCUCAGCCUCUAACCCUAACCAGAGGCUGCCCAAGGUGGAGAUCCUGAGAAAUGCAAUCGACUAUAUUGAGUCUCUGCAGGCGCUGCUGAAGUCCAACAGGGAUGACAGCUUCGACCCAGUGUUUGAACACUUCAGUGCAGACAUUAAGACGUCCAGCCCCCACUCCAACUGCUCUGAUGGCAUGGCGGAUUUCUUCUUUCCAUGCUCAACUCGAAGUGCAAACAGUACUGCUUCUUACCAUGGCCAGACAACAGAUGAUUCUAGCAAGAGUGCACCAUCACUCCUCUCCAGUUUAGACUGUUUAUCCAGCAUUGUGGAGUGCAUCAACACAGACCAGGCAAAGACCUCCCAGUGUGACAGUGUGGUCCCCCGUGGCCCUGGAUCCCCUCAGAACAGCCCUACAGUUGAUAGAAUUACUGAAGAAGCCAACAGUAGCUACAGGCCACUCUGA